AUGUUCAUGGCUAAGAUGAUACUUUCCGUUUGUAUAUGUGUAUGCAUUGCUGCUGUCCACGCUAAUGAUGUGGAGACGCCAGGGAAUCUGAACGCCAACAUAGAUGUCGGCUCAGAUACAGCACCAGAUGGUGCUAUACAAGAUGUCAAGCCUGCACCACAACAAGGAGCAUCCCUGGCAGAUGUAGUUCAAAACCCACUACUCGGUGAACAAGAAGAAUCCAAAUAA